UUUUCAGACUUCAGUCAUCACUGUCACUAUUUGAACAUUUGCAACACAUUUGCCAAAAUAAAUAUAAAUAAAUCGCAGAUUUUGCGUUUGGAUGUUGAUAUUUAUAAUUUAAAGGCUUGAUUUAUCAUAUUUUAAUGAUGAUUGAUCUAAGCAGUCAGCAAGCAUAUGGAAAAUAUACUGAAAAAUUAGAUAAUGCGGAUAUAACUUAUCAGAAUUUUGUAAAAACAGCAGCAAAAUAUCACUUUCAAUUGAAAGCUGUUAUACACGAUAUAUCAAAAUGUACCAAUUCAAUGGACAAAUUGAAUGAACUGAAUGAAAAGGGAAGAAAAGUUAUCACAAAUUUAAGAGAUCUCUUGGACAAAUUAGACUUACAUGGAAAGGAAACUGGAGAUGAGAAAUUUGGCAUUGAAUUGGUUUCUCAGCGGCAUCUGCAGGCAUGCCUCCUCAAAGAGUUCAAGGAAGCCAAUAUAAAUAGUAUGCUAGAGAUAGAAAAGGUGCAGCGAGAAGAGUUAAUGAAUGCACCAGAGGGAGAGCAAUCUGUGCUGAGAUUGAGAAAUAAAAAAGUUGAUAGAGAUGGAUUACUAAAAGUGUCGACGGGUGUGACAGAACAGCUGCUAACAAUAAGCCGACAGUUAGCAGCCACAACCCAGAGGAGUCAGGACACACUUGAUAAUCUUGUUUCAUCUAGCACAACUGUUCAUGGCACACAAUCAGAGUUACAAAACACCAGUAGCACAAUCCAGCAAUCCAGCAAACUUCUCAAGAAGUAUGGCCGCAGAGAAUUCACAGAUAAAGUCAUCAUUUUCUUUGCUGCUCUAUUCUUUCUAGCUGUUUGUCUAUAUAUACUGCAGAAAAGGCUAUUUUAAUUUAGAUUAUUAUUUUAAUAGGCUUUUUUUUAUGGAUUUAGAUCCCACUUCUGAUGUAUUUCUAUGUUUAAAUAGAUUAUUGGAGGGCACAAGGACUGGAUACAUGACAAAUAUGUAACUACCUAUAAUAUAAAUUUUACGUUUGUAUGCAGUUAUUUCGAGAGAUAUAAAAUUCUAUUUCUAUGUUUCAAACUAAAUUUUGAUAUGUAUUAGCUUUUUUAUAAAUAUUGAUGGUCACUUAUAAAUCAGUUCUUUUGAUUGCUUGUGAUUAAAUUGUAAUUAUUAAUGAAUGUAAUCUUAAACCUACCAAAUGUAAAUAUGGUAAUUAUUUAUUUCUAAUAUAAAAAUGUUGAAGCA